AUGCCAUAUAUCCCGCCAUUGAGUUUCGCGCCUGUGGUUAGUACAGAUGUCUCGUUGUACCGUUCGGGUUACCCGAUGCCACUUAAUUACGCGUUUAUACGGGAUCAAUUACACUUGAAGACGGUGAUUUACGUUGGUGACAAAGACGUUAGUGAAGAGUAUCAAACAUUUUUAAACGAGCAAAAUAUCGCGUAUCAUCAUCUGCACGUGGAUUCGUGUCGUGAUUCGGAUUUCUCGCGCCAUGUUGACGCUGUUUUACGGUUGGUUUUGGAUAAACGGAAUUACCCAAUACUUAUACAUUCUAAUAAGGGUAAACAUCGGGUUGGUGUUGUGGUGGGGAUCAUUCGUAAACUGUUACAAGGAUGGUCUACUACUGGGAUUUAUCAAGAAUAUGGGAAUUUCAGUGGUGGGUCAAAGGGAGAGGUGGACUUGGAGUUUAUCACAAUGUUUGAAACGGAGUUGAUUGUGAAGAGGGAUCUGAUACCGGAUUACGUCAAGACGAGGAAGAAGAGCUGA